GAUCCAAUUUCUCGAUCGAUAUUGCGAUCGUUGAUGAAAGCGUUGAAUCUGUCCACGUCGUCAAGAAGAGCAGAUUUGCAGACGCUUCUCUCAUUUGUGCUGUAAGUUCAAGUUCUGAAAGAUGAAGGCCUUAAUUCUUGUUGGAGGAUAUGGAACGAGGCUGAGGCCUCUAACUCUGAGCAGACCUAAGCCACUGGUAGAGUUUUGUAAUAAACCAAUGUUAUUACAUCAAGUGGAAGCACUAGCAGAGGUUGGUGUGAAGGAAGUUAUCCUGGCAGUCAGCUACAGGGCAGAGAUGUUGGAGAAAGAGCUGAGAGCGCAAGAAGAAAGACUAGGAAUAAAAAUCACCAUGUCACAUGAGAAAGAACCCCUUGGAACAGCUGGUCCAUUGGCUUUAGCAAGAGACAUUCUUAAAGAAGACAAUGAACCCUUCUUUGUGUUGAAUAGUGACAUCAGUUGUGAGUUUCCUUUCCGUCAGCUUAUUGAGUUCCACAGAAGUCAUGGCAAGGAAGGAACAAUUGUGGUAACGAAAGUAGAGGAACCCUCAAAAUAUGGUGUCGUAGUGUACAACAGCACUGACGGGAAGAUUGAGCGCUUCGUGGAGAAACCCCCAGUAUUUGUCUCUAAUAAAAUCAAUGCUGGUCUCUACAUGUUCAGUGCUGGUAUAUUAGAUAGAAUAAAGUUGACACCUACAUCAAUAGAGAAAGAAGUCUUCCCUCACAUGGCCACAGAUGGACAACUUUAUGCAAUGGAACUUCCAGGAUUCUGGAUGGACGUUGGUCAGCCUAAAGAUUUCUUGAUCGGCAUGUGCCUUUACCUCACUUCAGUCAGGCAAACACAUCCUGAAAGGUUAUACUCAGGACCAGGUGUGGUCGGGAAUGUUCUUGUGGACCCCACGGCUAAGAUUGGUCAGAACUGUAGGAUAGGUCCCAAUGUAGUGAUAGGCCCUGGUGUGACCGUAGAAGACGGAGCUUGCAUCAAGCGAAGUACCAUUCUCAGGGAUACAUCAAUCAAAUCCCAUUCGUGGAUUCAUUCAUCUAUAGUAGGAUGGAAGUGCCAAAUAGGACAAUGGGUUCGCAUGGAGAAUGUAUCAGUACUGGGAGAAGAUGUGACAGUCAAAGAUGAGCUCUAUAUCAACGGAGGGCGUAUUCUACCUCAUAAAUCCAUUGGAGCUUCUGUAUCAGAUCCACAAAUCAUCAUGUAAUCUAUUCCAUCAUGUGUGACAUUCAUGAAAUUAUAGAUAUAGAACCUUCCAAUGCCCUCAUACAUACAUAUGACAAAACAUCAAAUACAAGUAAUUUGGGGAAAUCUUAAUCUGGCUUUGAUUUGGGAGUAUGAGCAUAUCACAAUAAUUCUGUAUUCAUGUCAUAUGGGAGUUCUGUGCUACAAUAAACACAUGUUUAUUUAAAGCCCCUUUGCACUAGUUUGGCCAGGAGGGAUUAGACCUCCCUGCAUGGUCACUGACAGGUGGUUAUCUCAACAAAUCAGCUUUCAAUUAACAUAAGAAAAGGGGAUCAUGGGGGACCAAUAUAGUCACAGAUUAGGCAUUGUUUGACAUAUAAAGAGCGCAAGAAGCUAUAAGUAGUGCAGUGGGGCUAUAAGUUUUAGGUACCAGUAAUCCUUUAUACAUUCAUUAUUUGGGCUUUAGGGAAUUCUGCUGUAUGAUUGACGAAGGAAAUGGCAGUAUGAUGAAUUGUUAUUACUUGUGCCUUAUAUUUCAAUCAUUUAUUUUUUACUUAACAAUUAAGGAUGUUUUUAUAACUACAUAAUGAUUUGGUGCACUUUUUAUGUAUUACUCUCAUGCCUUUCUAGUUUUGAAAACAGCUGUGAGAUUUUUUUUAAAGGGACACAAUAAUUUCAACUGGUUAUUAUUAAAGUUGGUGGCAGGUUCGUUUGUGAUUUUAGGGCCUGUGGAUAUUCCAAUUUUCUUGUUUUCCUCAAUCGCUGCUUUAAUCGAUACAACAGAGAGUAUGGCAAUGAUGUAUGCAUGUAUGCUGCAUGGAGGUUUCACCUGGAAUCUAUACACAUUAUAUUAGCCUCUGGAGAAAAUAUUUAAAUCUGUAAUAAAAUGAGGUCUUUGUGAUGGAAAGUUGUGCUGUAAAUGUAUUUUGAUAAGAAUGCAGUACAAUGUCUUUUGUAAAAACAUUUAUCUUUGCUUGUCUUUCCUAAGUCCUAAAAGUGUGUUCAUAUUAAACAAUGAUGGCUUACAUGAAGGAGGUUUACCAUUUUGUAAAGAUCUAAAGGAUAGUUUGAAUUUUAAAGUUCCAUUGUGGGCUUAAUUAUACCUAGAUAGAAGUGGGUUGUUCCCUGUUCCUACGAAACUGUUGACGAAUUUAGGCCAAAGAGAAAGACGGAAGGAAGAUUUCCUGAUGAAUUACAUUCAGAUCGUAAUAUUUAUUUUUAUAAUGCCUGUACAGGUAAAAUAUUAGCUGUAAAUGUGAUACAUAACUUCUUAACAAUGAAAUGCGAUUGCUUCCUCAUGAGUAAUGUAAUUAUUAUAUCUAUUUAAUUGUGCCCUAUGCAUUUGGACUAAAAUGUAUGAACAUCGAUUGAAAAAAAAUAGGUUAUGUAAUAUUGCUGAAUAUACACUCGCAUGUAUGGCUGAUAUUAAAUAUUAUAAUUUAGAGAGAGUAUAUUAUGUAAAUUUAUGAAGGAUGUAGAUGGCUAGAAAUAUUGUAUGAUUGAUUUAUAUAAAUGUGCUUUGAGAGGGUUCAGCAGUGAUUUACAGUACAUCAAAUGUCAUAAAGGAAUGUAUUAUGUAAGAAGCAAUGUAAUAUAAAAUUUCAACAUAUUAUUUAAUAUAAGAAAAUCCAAUACCAAAAGCUGUGCUCAGACAAAAACUUCACUGUCAUUCCACAAUUUGUUAAUGUUUGUUGCUAUCUUAAAUGAAGAAAAAAAAUUGUGUAUUUAGCCUGGAUAUGAUAGGCUAAUCAUGGACAUGCAUAAAUUUAGUUGAUUUUGGAUCACACAUGUCAAAUUUGCAGGUAUUGUUUAGUUAACUUUAAACAAAAAUGUUGAAUGAAAGUAAAUAGUAGUACUUAAAAUUGUACUUUGGUAACACAUUAAUUUUUUAAGAUAUGUUUAUCUUGGAUCAAUAGCAAAAAGGAUUUUGUCUUAAUUGAAGAAUCUAUAAUGUGAUUAAAGGAAUAGGCCCUUAUCAAAAGAUUAUUUUUUAAGUAGUAGCAGAUUCCUCACUUGAUUUUUAAUAGAAAAUUAGAUAUACAGUAAUGAUUAUUACAAUAUGAAUAACAAUGAGAGUAUUUUAUGAAAUGUAUUAUUUAGCAAGUAUGACAAAUAAUAAAAUCAAAUCAAAUGUAUUCAUACAAUGUAUUAAUCAUAAGCUCUCUUUUCUACCUAGGUAAAUACACUUUAUAUCAAUUCUAUACUAAUUCUUUCUAUAUCUUUAUCAAUAUUUCCAGAUUUGUGUGAGUACAUAGUUUUUAUCAAAAUGGAAUAUGCCUAUGACACAUGCAGCUUUAGCACGAGGCAGAAGAAACUCUCGUGGUCUACAUGCAUGGAGUUCCUUAUGUAGUACUGGUACUAGGUGUUAUUCAGUACACCUUCUGUAAACAGGGUCUUUACUUCUAUAAUUUUGCUACACUAGUGAUAUUGCGGGGAUAGCUUUCUCAAAUUUAGCACUAAUUAAUAUUUCAAAGUUUGCUUUUGCCCUGUCUGCAUGGAGUGCAACAUAGCACGUACUUGACCAAAUGUAUGAUCCAUUUCUGUUGAUUGCAUAAUAAGCAUGUAUCUUAGACCACAUUUAACUUCUGUAUGACUUUUCAAAAUUGAAUGAUCUCUAUAACCUGUCUUCAUUUGAUAAAAUUUCCAAAGAUGUCUGUUUUUGUUGUUGAUGUAUUUAUCAUUAUUGACAUUAUUAUAAUUUUCCAAACUGACUUCUGUAGAGCUAAUGGUAAUUCUAGGAGUCAUUUAUGUGGCAAUUUCAUACAUCAUAUAAUGUACAAAUUGAAUCAACCAAGUUUUGUAUUAAAGAAAUUGACUUGGUUUUAUAAAUCA